UUUACCCCCGAAAAACGCUGCCAACACCCGAGCCGUCAGCUGUCGCAAAGCUAAACAACCGGCGGCGGUUGGUGCGGCCGGUGUGACGUCAGAGCCGCCGGCGCUGUGAGGAGUUCUCAGAAUAGACUUCGAGGAAACGGCAAAUUUUAAAAGCCAAGCCUUUAGACGCUGUCCUUCACACAUUUGGAUGCCAUUCUGGCGACAGCACACUCCAAACCCGCUGCUACGGACAUUUUUAACGCGUUUUAAAUGAAUUCUGGUUUUACUGUUUUUGCGUUUUAUCCGGUGUUCUCAUCCAAACUACAGGACCAGACCCGCGGAGCUCUUCGUCUCUUUAUUUCGCGCAUAAUAAGCUUAUUCAUAUCAACCCGAUGUUAAAGCUUUUUCUUUCUCCUAGAGGUGUUUUUUUUAUUUCUUUGUCUUUAUAGACUCGGUCUUAUUUUCUGAAGAAACACUGACGGGUUUUUAGUCCAGAGGAUUCGAGAAAUAGCAUGAUUCUUUGUGUACCAGGUCCUAGAGCUCCUCUGCCCCCUGCUCCGUCCACCGAAGCCCCACGGGGUAUGCGGGCAGGAACUGUACCUCCUUCCCCUUGCCUUCAAAGCACCCCGCCGCUAUGGGACCCCACAAAGGACCUGCGGGCAAUUGCCAGAAACUUCUGCUAUCUAGAAAAUUCAGGAUGGUACUGGGGAGCUGUAACUGCGGCUCAGGCCCAUGCUGCACUUCAAGAGGCAUCUGAAGGAGCUUUUCUGGUACGUGACAGCAGCCACCCUCUGUACAUGCUGACCCUCUCGGUCAGGACAGCACGCGGUCCAACCAGUAUACGGAUCCAGUACAGCGGUGCCCAGUUUUUGCUCGACUCCAGCUCCCCGGCCCGGCCCAGCCUGUCGUCCUUCCCCAAUGUGCCCAGCCUGGUGCAACACUACAUGGGACCAGAGAGGAAAGCAGUGGAGGGGAAGGUGGAGGAGGAGGCCCCUUCAAAACCCUCUCAGCAGACAAUUGAGGAGACAUCUGUGGUAUUAAAACUGAAGCGGGCCGUGUACAAGCCCCAGGGCCUCCCCUCCUUACAGCACCUCACAAGGCUCAUCAUUAACAGACACUCUGACUGUCCUGACCAGCUACCACUCCCGAAGCCUCUGCUGCGUUACAUACAGGACUAUCCCUUCAAGGUAUGAGGCAAACCAACAGGCUGAAUCUCAGCUGACUUUAAAAGAAUAAUAACUGUUAAACAGGUCCUUUGUGCCUGGAAAAGGACACUGCUGCUGCAGCAGUGCAGAGGCCAGUCAUGAAAGUACUGGACACAGGGUCGUGUUUUUGCUGACGAAAUGUGUACAAAUUCAGUUAUUUGUACAAAUUCAGUUAUUUGUCAAGGACCGGGUGAUGAAGUACCCCCAGAAAAGACAUCUUGUGAGCAAAGCUCACUACUGUACUCUACACUAACUUUAUGCUGAAUGUGGCAAUUGUCCAUAUCCAUUGUUCCCUCAUCAGUCCUGGAUGUAUAUACUGUUCCUAAGAAGUCCACUGAUUCCAUUGAGACACCUUUUAAGCCAUUUUAUUUUUUCUACUUUUUACAUGUGUACAUUUUUCUAUUAAAAUAAGCAAUUGGCGUUUAACUUGCUUUUGUUUAUAUUCUUUUUCUCUUGUGUUGCUUAAAAUGGCAGUAUUACUCACAGGGUAACGAGAAAUACUGUCAUCAUCAUUAUUAACCACCACAUGAUGGCUACUCUUGUGACACUUACAAAAUAUUUUCGCCCUCAAUCACCUUUGAAACACAGAGACUUUGUGGCCUUUGAAUCAUAAGUCUGCGAGAGAUGCAGAUUGUUUGAGAAAGUAAAGGCAGCAUUGUGUGUGUUUUUGCUCAACAAUGCAUACAGCCAGCAUCUGAGUCAGCGAGUGGACAAGCGAAGGGGAGGACCGUUCAUCAGCGGAUUCACAGAACUACUGAAUGCUUCCUGGGAGGAGGGUGAGAUUCUGAGAGGGAGGGUUCCAAGAAAAGCCUCUGUAAUUACCUUCAGCUUUGAGCCUGUUUUCUGUACCAUCUCGCACCCUUUUCUUUUAAUGUGGCACAGGAGGUGAUCACAAAUGUUACCAAAUUAAAGGGGAGCAAUUACAUGAA